UAGCUAAUAAUUUAAGUUUUUAUUCUGUCAAAGUAAUUUAUUGUAAUGAUGUGGAAUUUGAGAUAUAAAGAUGACAUUUGAGUUAUGUUAAUGUUUCAUUUGAGUUAUGUAAGGAUGACAUUUGAGUUAUGUUAUUAGGAUCGAUCCUAUAUAUUAGCAACAUUUGAGUUAUGUUAAUGUUUCAUUUCAUAUUACUUGAUGUGAUUUUGCAUUUUCAGAUUCUUAUAUUUCUUAAUGUGAUGUUGGAUUUUCAUAUUCUUAUGUUGCUUAAUGUGAUCAGAUUCUUGUAUUGAUUUAUUGCUAAAGUUACAUUGUCAUAGGUUCAAUAUGACGCAAAAUAGGGCUAAGUGGACAGCAAGGUAUGAGAAAGGUCUCGUGGAGGUACUUACAGAGUACAAUCUAUCUCAUUACCGUGGCCAAAAUGGGUGGACUACCGAAGGAUGGAAUCAAGUUGUCAAGGAACUGAACAAUUUAUAUCCAGAGGCAAGGUUUACCAAGGAUCAGGUUCAAGAUAAGGAAGCUCAGUUGAAAAAGCACUACAAAAAUAUCAAGUUGAUAGUCAACCGCUCUGGAAUAUCAUGGAAUGAUAUUGCAUGUGUGAUCAACACCACGCCUGAAAAAUGGGAAGAGAUCAUUGCAGAGGACCCAAAGCUCAAAAUGUAUGAAGGAAAGAGCUUUCCAUUGUACGAGGCAUUGGGUGUGCUCUAUGAAGGACACAUUGCGCAAGGAAGACAUUGCCUCACAUCAAGGAAGCCUCCGAUUGGCACAAAAACAGGUAGCAACUUUGGAGCGAAGGAUAAGAUGGUUGCAAGCACUAGCAAGAAAAUUACAAGACAUGGAAGAGAUGACAACGUAAGGACUUCUUCAAUAAUUGACAUCAAUGAUACUCCUACAUUAGAUGAUGUGGAUGAAAGAGAGAACACUGUCAAUGACGAGGAAGAAUUAGGCAGUGAAGAUGCUGAUGGCGAUCAACCACAAAUAAGUGAAUCAAGUGCCAAAGGGAAAAAAACUAAGAAACAAAAAGGUGCCACAUCUGUACAGCGGCUUGAAGAUUCCAUGAUGGCUUAUGUGAAUUUCAAGAAAGAUCAAGCUUCCAAGAAGGAAAAAGUGUCACAGCAAGGAAAACAGCCCUCAAUUACAGAAUGCUUGCAGGUCUUGAAUGACAUGGAUGAUGUUCCCGACGAGGUCAAAAUCUUUGCCUCUGAUGUUUUCAAGGAUGCAACAAAUCGUGAGAUUUUCCUGGGUUACAACUCAAGAUUGCGGGGUAUGUGGCUAAAGAAGGAAGUCGACGAGAUUAGUCCUCAGCCUCCUCCUUCCCACUCUCCCAAACUCAAACUCAAAGCUCGAGGAAGCCCUACCAGCCGCCGCCGACCCCCUCCGGCGUACGGAGACCACCUGGUGGCCUACGGCGGGCAGAGGGCGAGUGCAGCCAGCAGCCUCCGCUUCAUGGACCUCGAGGAGUAG